ACUGCCCAGGAGGCAAGUACGGACCACCUCUACAAUAAACACUCUAACAGUAAUCAUGACAAUGUGAAGAUGAAGCAAAGUGUAGAUGAAGCAAAGUGUCCAACCAACUCUCUCUUGUCAUUACAAGAAAGAAAAAGAGAACCCCAGGAAAGAACAAAAGCUAUCUCCUGUUAGAAAAUGAGAAACGCAGAGCUCAUCUUCAUCCCAACCCCAACCGUUGGUCACCUCGUUCCGUUUCUCGAACUCGCUAGGCGUCUCAUCGACCAGGACGACAGGAUCCGUAUCACAGUCCUCGUGAUGAAGCACCAAGGUCAGUCUCAUCUCGACACCUACGUCAACUCAAUCGGCUCGUCUCUGCCCUUUGUUAGAUUCGUCGAUGUCCCCGAGUUAGAAGAUAAACCAACGCUCGGUAGUACUCAGUCUGCGGAAGCCUUCGUAUACGACUUCGUCGAGAGAAACAUCCCUCUCGUGAGAAACAUAGUCACGAGCAUCUUAUCGUCUCCUGAACUCGAUGGAGUAGAGGUCAAGGGAAUAGUCGCUGAUUUCUUCUGUCUCCCCAUGGUUGACGUUGCGAGAGAUGUGAAUCUCCCUUUCUAUGUGUUCUUGACUAUGAGUUCCGCCUUCCUAGCUAUGCUGCGGUAUCUAGCAGACCGACAUAGCAAAGAUACGUCGGUUUUUGUAAGAGAUUCUGGAGAGAUGCUGUCGAUUCGUGGAUUUGUAAACCCUGUUCCUGUCAAUGUUCUCCCGACAGCUCUGUUUAUGGAAGAUGGUUAUGACGCUGACGUUAAACUUGCCAUCUUGUUUAACAAGGUCAGUGGAAUCCUAGUGAAUACCUCUGUUGAUAUCGAGCCUUACACUGUGAAUCAUUUUCUUAAUGAACGGAGUUACCCGCCCGUUUAUGCUGUUGGCCCUAUAUUUAACCCCAAGGCUCAGCCUCAUCCAGAUCAAGACCUUGGGGUUCGUGACGAGCUGAUGAAAUGGCUCGAUGAUCAGCCCGAGGCAUCUGUUGUGUUCCUUUGCUUUGGGAGUAUGGGGAGGUUAAAGGGUCCUCUGGUGAAGGAAAUAGCACAUGGACUCGAGCUUUGUCAGUACAGAUUCAUCUGGUCACUCCGGGCAGAGGAUGAUGAUUCUUUGCCCGAGGGGUUCCUUGACCGUGUCAAAGGACGGGGAAUGGUAUGCGGUUGGUCUCCUCAGGUGGAAAUAUUGGACCAUAAGGCAGUGGGAGGCUUUGUUUCUCACUGCGGAUGGAACUCUAUAGUAGAGAGUUUAUGGUUUGGUGUGCCGAUUGUGACGUGGCCGAUGUAUGCAGAGCAACAGCUCAAUGCGUUUCUGUUGGUGAAGGAACUGAACCUAGCGGUGGAGCUGAAGCUUGAUUACAGGGCACGUAGGGAUGAGCUUGUGAGUGCAAGUGAGAUAGAUGCAGCUAUUCGUUGUGUGAUGAUGAACAAGGAUGAUAGUUUGGUGAGGAAGAGAGUGAUGGAUGUCUCUCAGAUGGCGCGGAGAGCUAUCUUGAAUGGUGGGUCCUCUUAUUUGGCUACUGAGAAAUUCAUACAGGACGUGAUAGGAGUCAAGCAAUAGACUUAUUUUCUUGUCAAUAAGCUAUGUAAUCUUGUUUAUGUUACGAUCCUAUGGAUUUUUACUUAACUUUUGAACGCUGUUCCUUUCGUUGAGAUUUAAAAACAUUCAUUAGUCAUCGGUU